CUUGCCUUCCUCUCCAAGCCAGCCAGUCGUUGUCGAGAGCCCGUCCUGUCCGUUACGUUUUUGGUUCGUUGCCGUUUGUCGUCGCUGUGUGCGAAACUUGUGUGCCUGCAAAUCUUUUGUGAUAUUUCCUGGCAACUGAUAAACGUGUUUUGUUUUUGUUUCUAGUGCAAACAAAAAAACCCCUUUUUUAAUCUUUUGAUGCGAUCGAGUAGUACAGUAAAGCCUCCUUGUGGAUUAUAAUCAAAUGUAACAAUUUUCUCACGUAGCCAUGGUUAAUAAGUGAAGAAAAAAAAAACUGAGGUUGUCGUUGUCUCGACUGGCUUCCCGCCAGGUGUGCGUAUAGUGUGAGCUGGAUUUCAAAUUUUUCUUUCCUCAUUUUUAAAGUUUCUUUUUUCGCCCAUGCGUGACAACCACUCUAAUGGAUCGAAUGGAUGUUUUAUACAGCGUGAUCAGGUAAUGAACUAAAUCGGAUCCACAUGAAGAAUCCCAGUCAUCACGUUCGCUACCGAGACAAUUAAACAUUCCAAAAAAAAAAAAAAAAACGAAAAUAAUAAAAUUGUGUUCAUUGGUGCAUGGGGAGGGUUUGGAAAAAAAAAUACGCCGGAUUUUAAGGACAACAUGGCAACAAUGACGAUCUUGCUGAAGGCUAUUUUGAUGUUAUUCUUCUGCAUCGUGGCCAUGCUGGCAGGUCUGGCCAAAGCGGAUUGGACGGCCACAUGCACGGCCGGUUGCACAUGCAAAUGGGCCGACGGCAAGAAAGUGGCCGAGUGUCCAGGCGCUGGAUUCACGACGAUACCCGAAAAUUUGAGCCCCGAAAUUCAAGUGCUCGAUUUGCGAGGCAAUCAGCUGGGCGUGUUGGUCAACCGGGCCUUCUCCUCCGUCGGUCUCCUCAAUUUGCAGCGCAUCUUCCUACGCAACUGCAGCCUGCGCACCGUGGAGAAGGACGCCUUCCACGACCUCAACAUCAUGGUCGAAGUGGAUCUGUCGCACAACCAACUGCGCCGAUUCAAUCCGGAGACGUUCAACGCCAACGAGAGACUCCGCUCCCUGUCGCUGAGUCACAACCCGCUGGGGAAAUUGGAGGCGCAUCAGUUCCCGCCGUUGCCCAACUUGCGCAGCCUGGAACUGGUCAACUGCCAACUGGAGCUCGUCGACAAGAAGGCCUUUAUGGACCUGAGCAAGUUGGAGACGCUGAAACUCUCGGCCAACAGGUUCACCAGCCUCAAACCGGAAGUCUUCCUCCCACUCAACAAGCUCAAGAGCCUCGACCUGCAGGACAACCCGUGGAACUGCGACUGCCGUCUCCUGGCCCUGCGCGACUACCUCUCCGAGGCCAAUCUCAAUUCGACGCUGACGCUCUGCGCCGAGCCGGAGCAUCUCAAAGGGAAGCCGUGGAGCCGGUUGGCCGCCGAGGAUUUCGCCUGUAAGCCGCUCAUCGACGUCAGCGAGGCGCACGUCGAAGGCCGGCUCGGAUUCGACGUCACUUUUAGCUGUCGAGUAAGCGGCAACCCACCGCCCACCAUCUGGUGGGUCCUCCAGAACCGACAGAUUGUCAACACGACGACUGCGUCGCAGAGCGAACAAUUUGUCAUCCGCCAGUCGUCGCAUCCGACCAAAAUUAAUCCGCCGAUUGCUUCGCCGCACGCCGAACCGCAGCAACCCGAGUUCGAGUAUUGGAGCAACUUGACAUUGCGACGCAUUAGCGAACAAGAUGCUGGCCAGUACCGGUGUAUCGCCCGCAAUAAAGGCGGCCAAGUGGACGCUAAUGUGUCGCUGCAAACGCCUCCGGCUCCCGUCACCAUCCUCAUUGAGGAGGAGACGGGAUUGAUGUCGUACACGACGGCCAUCACGUUGGCCAUUGUCGGAGCGCUUGUUUUGCUCGUCGGACUCGUCCUGCUCAUUGUGUGCCUCGUCCGCCGCAUGCCCAAGAGAAAGCAGCCGCGCGACGGCAGCGCCACCAAAUUGAACGGUUCGGCCAAAACGGCCAACGGAAACGGAUCGAUUGCAGCCGUUUCCGAACAGGAGAAAUCUCUGCUGGAUAUUGAAAUGGAUCAGCACACGGCGCUGCAAAAUGCCUCGACCGACGGAUACCAUGCCGUCGCUCAGACGGACAUCGACGCCCAGCAACACAUGCAAAUGCAACUUCAAUUGCGCCAUCAGCAGAUGCAGCAGCAGCAGCAACAACAACAACAGCAACAACAAAUGCGGAUGAUGCACGGAUCCAACACGUACAUUCCGGGCGAUCGCUACGACUCGAGUCGAGUUCCUGAAAAUCUGACGAGACACUUGAUGAUGUUGGACGGAUGUCAAGUGCAACAAAAUCCUGACGGAUCUUUCUAUCCGGAUUUGCUGGACAUUCCACACAGAGGAGCCCGAGGCGGCGGGUCGCCUAGUACACAUUCGGGCGCGUCCAAUGAAGCGGCCAAUCAGCAGCAGCAGCAUAUGAUGAUGUCGACGUUGAGUGCAGCUCAACUUGCCGGCCACCCGAGCUACGGCGUCAUUGGUAUCCAUCCGCCUCUGCAGUUCACCGACAGCAGCAGCACCACCAGUAGUACGGCCGUUUUACUUCCGGCCGGACCCCGACCGGGCUAUGUGACGCUGCCCAGGAGACCGCGGCCGAGGAUGCCCAGUUGGGCCAGUUCGCCUCCGCCCAUGUCUUCUUCCUCUCCCGGACCUGGUUCAUUACCUCCGGAGGAACCGCAACAACCUUUGUACGACACGAUAGGACCACGUGUGACGGCCGAUGGAUCAUCAACGUCGGCGUUGUCGCUCAAUAAAAUAGCCGGCUUGACGCCCAAUCCUUCGUCGGGCCUCAGUCCGCGCCUCCAGUCCAGCACGCUUAGCCGAGGGCACAAGAUCUCUCUUCCAGCUUAUUAUGUGCCCAUCGAGGAAGUGGACAUUCCGCCGUCGUCGCCCUUGGUCCAGCAACGUCACCACCAACACAGUACGCCCAACAUCCUCUCUAGCGGCCAGUACGAUGAUCAUCAUCAUCAGCUCCAUCACCGGAUGGGCCGCGAACCGGUGCUUGGCUACUUCAACAACAACAACAACAGCAGCACGCCGAUCCGGCGGGCGGAUGACAGCGAGAUGCAACAUCUCCUCAACGAUUCAUCGACGCCCACCAGCGCCAACACGUCAUACUCUAACGCGGCGCCCGAGGUGAUUUCGCCCAUUCCGGAUUUCCGCACGGCGGGGAGCCGGGCCAGCGUAUCCAGCCUGAGUAGCAAUACAGGCCUGAGGAGGAAAAUUGCUCCGGCCGUGCCCCCAAAACCACCCGGAUCAAUAGUGGUCGCGCGACCGGCGAGCGUCGUGCCGUAUCACGAUGACGUCGCUUCGGCGGCCAAAGUAGCGCCCAAACCGCCACCCAAACCGAAGAAAAGGCAUUCGACGACGGGUGAUUCAGUGAAAUUAGAAGAUCAUGAAAAUGGUGGCGGUGAUAGUGGCGGUGGCCAGGCGGCCUACGAAGACGAGGGUGAAGACGGAACGGAAGUUUGAAAACAAAGGGGGGAGGGGAAUUUAAAUAGAAAAGUGUGCCUUACGACAACAACAAAAUUUGAAAGUGAAUAGGCAAUUUAGCCUGCAGGAAAUAUAUAAUUGACGGAACCAUUUUGGCAGACCUGGACAACAAACAAAAAAGACUGGGACGUUGAAUGUGUGAUUCGUACACACCCCGUCUUAUUGGAGAUGUGUCUAUACUAUGUGUGUGCGUGUGUACGUAAUUUUUUCCUUUUUUGUGUUUAAUUCCAUUUUUUGCAUUAAAAUUAUUUUCAAAACUCCUACAAAAAAAAAUGUGACCAUUUUUUUCCUGUGUUUUUCCCGUUUUUUUUUUUUUUUUUUUCCUUCGCGCGAUGUAUUUUCGUGGUUCUUUAUAGUUUAAAACUGUCAAUGUGAAAAUAUGUACAUAGAAAAAAAAAAUGUGAUGACAGUGCGGAGUGAGUCCGAUUGAAUCCGAAGCUAUUGCGCGUGUACAUAAGACGAGAACGAUAUGAGCUGGAAGAGUCAAAAGCUGAAAGUGAGACGUGCCAUCGGUAAUUAUUCGAAGGAAAUACAGACAUUUUUUCUAUUUUCUUUUUGUUUUUACUUUGAUGCUGUUGUUCCUCCCCUUGCUCCUCUUCCAUUAGAACAACUGUAUACAAAACAAAAAAUACCAUGUCUCUUUAUAUCCAUUCCAUCUUGUAUAUUUAGCUCUUUAAUAAACGUGGAUGUGCUGUAAAACUU